AUGAAAAGAGUACUAAAACAGGUAAUAGCCGUAGGAGCUAUUGCACUAGCUUGUUUGCAAGGGGCUAGCUGUGUGCCAGAGGACAAAAGCACAUUUUUAAAUAACUUGUAUAUUUACUGGUACAACAGGAUAGUUUUUAUAGAAAAUCAAAUCCAGAUUUGUAAUUUUUUUCUCAGCAAGGCCGAGCUCAAGCCCAAGGAUACGCUCUUUAACACCGGCAAUUCUCUAAAGCUGGGCAGUGAUCUGAUGUCUGAAAUAGUAGAUGACUGUUUGCUCUUCAACGAAAGCUGGAAAAAUCUGAAGAAUCUAGUGAAAUUGGCGAAUAAAAUAAAUAACUACAUCAGAAAAAAGAAAUUUACCGCCUACGAUGUGGUAGACAGAGAUUUCAAUGAAAUUAUGGGGCUGCUUUCUAGUGAGACAAUAGCAGCUAUUUCGAGUGCCCAAACAGAAAACAAUCUGCACGGCAGAAUAAAAGCUGUCUCGCAGCUGGAAAAGAUGACAAAUGCUGUCUUAGAAAAACUGUUGUCGAAGAUGCUUAGUGAUAGCACCAUGAUAAUUGAGAAAAUAUACAAAUUCAAUUCGCACAUGCUAACAUUCAUAGAAAAGUACAGUGUGAAGAAAGACAGCGCCAGCAAAAUACACGAUCUUGUGCUGUUUAAGCUGGCAAAGAGAAACAAGAUGUUUGCUGCCAACAUCAUAUUCACUUUCUUUGAAAUAGAUCCGCUCUUCUUUUUUUGUGACGGCGAAAUUAACAGACAGCAGCUAGAAGACAUGAUCGGCUCUUUGAGCAACUCUAUCUCCAGAAACGACAACAUUCUCUUUUUUUACAUACGUGCUGUGAUGUAUGACAUACAGGAAAACAAGGUGAAUGCGCUAGUAUGUGCGGAUAUGCACUUUAGACAUACUUUCCGCGGCUAUGGAGUCAAUCCAUCUAUAGACAAGGACAUAAUAGAUAUCUAUUUCAGCCUGUCCAAAUGCGUUCUUUCCAGCGAAGAAACAAGCCGGUAUAACCACAUUGCAGCCGAGCAGAUCAUAAGACUGAUAAUGAUUGAAUACCUCAUGGAAGGAUACAUGCUGAACUACAGAAAAAACUGUCUGUUCUCCAAUUUAGAAAAAAUAAUAGUAAGUGCAGAUUUUAGAAAACAGGAUAGAAUAAUUGAUGCUCUGAGACUGCUAUGGAAUGACUGGUACUGCGAUCUAAGAAAGGACAACAGAUCUCUUGAAGACUUCUGCAGAAGGAAUGGAAUCAAUAUUGAUUUUUUUGAAAGACUGCAGAGCAAUAUCACAUAUUCUAAAUGGGUGUAUGGAAUAGACAAGGCUAGCUUGGAUCUGCCGUCUUCAUUUUCAAGAGAUCAGCUGGCAAGGGAGAUGCACUUUGACAUGUCCUAUCUGCACCCCAUAUGGUACAUCUGCAAGAGGUACGAGAGAAUCAGCCCCUUGAGCGAACCUGAUCUUGAGUUCAUUGAUAAGCCGUUCAUGAGCCAAGUGGCAAAUCUGGUUAGAAUCAGGCUGCACAAAAUAAGCAAGCAGAACGACAGUUUGACACGGGAAGAGAAUAUAAGAGACUUCAUGAACACGUGUUUUUCACUGGCAUCUGCUGAAAUUGAAAUUCUCUGCAGGCCCAGCGAGUAUCAAGACUCUAAUUUUACAGCCGAUGAGUUUAUUGGGUUUUUUGAGCUGGGGUCUCUGGAGCCAAAUGGCGCUUAUCCAAGAAUAUCAAGAGAAGAUGCUGUUUGA